CAUCUCCCUCGCUCUUCUCUCUCUCGACUGCUCUCAAUCAAUAGACCUAUUUGUUUUCUUCUUCUUCUUCUUCUUCUGUUGCACUCUGUUUUUUCCCCAGUAACCAAAAGUAGUUUAAUUCCUCUCAUUUCAGUGGCUUCAAUUGGUUUUGGUGGUUGUAUCUUCUGGGCCAGCUUUAGAAUCCAUGAACAAUGGAUUCUGGAAUUGAUACACAGACUCAAAAUGGGGCAUCGGAUAACUUAGCUGAUGUUGAGCUUAGAUUAAAUAACGAUGAUGCAAUUCUCGGAACUUCUGUUGGGGAGGUCUCUAAUAUUGGGCAAACUGAGCAAGUGGGUCAAAAUUCUGCAAGCUUGCAGGUUGAAGCAGAUGAACCAUAUGUGGGUCAGGAAUUUGAAUCAGAAGCAGCUGCACAUGCAUUUUACAAUUCAUAUGCACUGAGAGUAGGUUUCAGAACACGUGUAAACGAUCUAUCUCGCUCUAGGGUUGAUGGGUCUGUCAUUGCUCGAACACUGGUAUGUAACAAAGAGGGUUACCGAGUGGCUGAUAAGCGUGAUAGGAAGAGUGUGAGACCUCGGCCCCCAACUAGGGUUGGUUGCAAGGCAAUGAUUUCAAUGAAGAAACUGAGUAAUGGAAACUGGGUGGUUGCAAAGUUUGUCAAGGAGCACGCCCAUUCCCUGACUCCUGGAAAGAGUGAAAACGGAUUGAAUGAUGAAUCUUCAGAUAUGUGUAAUAUAUAUGUAUAUAACACCUCUACAUCUGCAUCAGGGUUGUCCAUUUUGAUUCUGAGAAUAGUCGUUUGCUUGAUACCAGCCAAACAUGUGUUGGAGUUUCAGUAUGCGGUAUCUUUUAGUUUGUCCGAGGGCUUAGAACUAGAGAGUCUUCUACAGGCACAAUUAACGUCUGUGCACAUACUGGUCGCAAUCACUGAGCUAUUUAUCUUAUUUUGUUUUCCAUGACUGUGGGUGGAAGUUAUAACCAAGCAUCUUG